AUGGUAGAGCUAACCACAGCAAACACCACUACUGCGUUGCCAAUAAAGCUACAGCCUUCAAAUCUCAGACCUAUUGUGUUUAGGACUUUGACUAAAAAACAUGGGUUGAAUGUGAAUACAGAAGCGUUGUCAAUAUUGACAGACACUAUCAGUCUAAAGUUUGGUUUCGAUUGGAAGAGUCCGCAGUCGCAACAAUUUUUAGAGGAGAUAGCUAAGUUCUGGAAGUUAGAAGAUAGGGGGAUAUUCAUUGAUGGUAAUGGAUUGAAAGCAGUGUUGAAGGAGAUACAAAGGAAGAAUGACGUUGUGCAAAUGCAAAAGGCGGGGAGAACAAAUACCAUAGUAGAUGAGGUCGUUGAGGAGGAUGUACAGUUGCAGUGGGAAGACUAUUUCCAAUUUGUUUCUCCGCUAAAUCAACCACGCAGUAUAUUUGACAAGAGUCGAAAACAUUUUGACGUAUACUUAACGAAGGAGAGGUUACCUCUUUUGUCCAAGUUGAGCCUCAAUACCAAAGCACUAACUGAGUCGCGAAACAAUCACUAUUUCCUAAUUAUGGAUCGGUUGUCGAGAAAUGAAAACUUUCAAAAGGCGUCAAUGACAAGUAUCUCAAAUUUGAAUUCGCUCACUAUUGACGGAAUCAGCAAAAACAAUGAAAUCACAUUAAUCAAAAAUAUGCUUGGCCGUGAUGGGCAAAAGUUUCUUUUAUUUGGGCUAUUGUCAAAGAACUCGACUGAUGAGUAUAUUUUGGAGGAUGCUACUGGUUACAUUGAAUUGAACUUGAAUCAAGCUAUGAAAAAUCAGGGAUCUUUUUACUGUAUCGGAAUGUUUGUAUUGGUAGAAGGUAUCUACUCGGCUUCCGGUGGUAAUUUGAAUCAAAAACAGGACUACAUCGGCGGUUGCUUUUAUGUUAGUAACAUAGCACAACCGCCAGCUGAGAGAAGAGACAGGAGUUUGGAUGUGUAUGGACAUGUCGAUUUUUUGGGUAUACACAAACACAUGGUGCCUAGUGGCGAUAGAGCCAUAAAGAUUCCCAAGACAUUUCGAAAGAAAUUAGUGCAAUUGGAAAAGUCAUUACAAAACCACAGAAUUAUCAUGAUGGGGUGUGAUUUGUACCUUGAUUCUAAUAAAACUUUACAAGCCAUGCAAAAGUUUUUCCAUCGAUUGGAAAAUGCGAUUGUUGAAGCUUUGGACUCAGAGGAAACGCAAGCUUAUAUCCCUUUGGCGUUGGUAUUUACUGGAUCCUUCACAUCACGCCCCUUGACUUCGUCAGGUUCUACGUCAGAUGCUAAUUUGUCCAAUUCUGAGUUAUACAAGGGCAACUUUGACCAAUUUACAAAGAUAUUAAGCGAGUAUCCCAACAUUGUGCAACGUUGCAAGAUAGUUCUUAUUCCGGGAGAUAACGAUCCUUGGCAGUCUACAUAUUCCCUCGGCUCGUCGUGCAUAAACACAUUUCCUCAAGCUUCAAUUCCUAGGUUGUUUGUCAAUAGGUUGGAAAAGCUAUUGCCUCGAGGAAACUUGAUUUUGGCAUGGAACCCAACGAGAUUGAGCUACCUAUCGCAAGAAUUGGUUAUUAUGAAAGAUAAACUAAUGAGUAAGUUCAAAAGAAAUGACUUGAUGUUCCCAUUGGAUGUUGAGGCAAACAAUGAAGAUGAUAUCGAUGAGUUGAACGAUAAGGAGAGAAUUGACAGAUUGGUUCAGAGUAAAGAUGAACGCAUUCCAAACAGGACUAGACAAGCGAGGAAAUUGAUCAAGACUUUACUUGAUCAAGGAACUUUGCAGCCAUUCAAGAAGGAUUUGAAAGUUGUCAAUACCCAAUUCCAGCAUUGCUUGAGAAUUGAACCUUUGCCCAAUGCCAUUGUGUUGAAUGAUAGUAGCUUUGAUAAUUUUGAGGUGGUUUACCAAGGGUGCAGGGUGGUCAAUUUGACUCUGGCUAUGAAUGAAGGGAGUAGAAAAUUGAAUUAUUUGGAGUAUUGGCCAGCAUCGAAAAAGUUUGAGUUUAAGGAUUUAUACUUUUAA